AUGAAUCACUGUCGAUUCGCAAAAUCAUUAGCUCAAAUAUUCAUGGUUCUCAAUCGAAUGUCUUGUGUGUUGAUACCUGCUGAUUAUGAGAUAAUGUGGAAGAAACUGACACCAAUAAGUCGAUUUAUUAUUGCAUUGCUGCCAUUCAGUGGAACUUGGAAUAUCUGGAUUUCGAGAGUCUACUCAUUCAGAACUCCUAGUGGAGGAUUCGCAAUGGAUUAUAUAAAGAAUGUGUCUUGGGCUGCCCUUUCCCUCUUCCAAUCUAUUUUUGUCCUCACUGCUCUUGGUUUCACAAUUAUCUGCACUUCGAUUACUCUCUUCAAACUAAUUGUUCUACCAGAUCGUAUAAAAUCGGCUGAGAAAUCAUUAUGUUUUACAAGUAUUUUCAUAUCUUGCUGCUUUCUAAUAGUGGGUGCAACACAGGUCGCUUUUGUGACUUGCACAGUCUGUCGAUCUUUUGAAUAUCUUUAUUUCAUGUACAUGUUGAGUUAUUGGACUUUUGAUGUCUUUAAUGUUGGAACUGCUGUUGUCAUGAUUCUCACGAACAAACAAUUACGGGAUUCAAUUUUCCAUUUCAAAGAGAAGGAUACAAAUGGGACUGCUUCAGUAUCUGCAGCUCCACAAAAUGAUAAUAAAGCUGAUAAUAUUUGGGAACAAAGGACUUGA